AUGGAGUACGUGAAGAGGAAUCAGAAGUCGAAUUCUCACAACACGCAACCAGUUCGAAUAAUCAAUGCAAUUCAUGGUCGGCCUGAGCCUGCUGAAGAGUCAGAUGAACUGCUUCGAACACGCCUUCGCCAGGCACAGAUGAAGAGAAGGAUAGGCAGUAUCCCUCAUAAGGAUCCGUUGGUCGUAAGUUUGAUAGUGGCUAAAUGCUUGGUGCGCAGAGUUCUGAUUGAUCCUGGAAGUAGUGCGAACAUCAUGCCAAGGGAUACAUUUGAUUGGCUCGAGAUUAAGCAGGAUCGGCUAAAAUCCACCGGGAAUCCUCUACUAGGGUUUGAUGGAAAACGAGUAGAGCCCGUCGGUACGGUGGAGGUAGCGGUACAUGCUGCCGAGAGGGUUCUGAUGGAAACCUUUGUGGUUAUUGAAAUUCAUCCCUCUUAUAAUCUUCUGAUGGGUAGAGGGUGGAUCCAUAGAGUUCAAGGUGUUCCUUCCACUCUGCAUCAGGUAAUGAGAUGCCUAGGGCCAGACGGGACCAAAGUGAUUGACAUUCAUAGGGACCAGGUUGCAUCUAAAGAAUGUUAUUCAGUAACACUAAAACAUGCCGGAAAAGGGAAAGCUCCUAUUCAUUCAGCAAGUCCGAGAUAG